CGGUCGAGUGCAAAAUAAAUGGAGCCAAAAAGGGAGCAACCCGACCCGACCAGUCAAAUGAAACGUGUGCGCCAGCAGAUCCAGCUGGCCAAUGUCCAGGAGCUGAUCCAAAAGAUGACGCAGCGCUGCUUCCGCGCGUGCAUCGAGCGGCCGGGGCCCAGGCUGAGCGCCAGCGAGCGGACCUGCCUAACCAACUGCGCGGAUCUGUUCAUGCUGACGGUUAAGCGCGUGUCGCAGCAAUACUUCAGGCGCAGGCAGCGCCAGCAGCAGCGACGCCUGGCAAGUGGAACGGCAACGGGAACUGCAAGUGGAACGGGAACUGCAAGUGGAACGGGAACUGCAAGUGGAACGGGAACUGCAAAUGGAAGUGGAACGGGAACUGCAAAUGGAAUUCGGCGGCAGCCGUGCAAGAACUGCGACUGUCUGAAGCGACUGCCGGGCAUCCUGUUUGGAUUCCAGACAGCGAGUUUAGCCACUGAGUGCGACCUGCCUUGA